CCAAACCCACACGUAAAAUUUGAGCAACAAAUUAUUUAAUAUUCCUACUGUACGUCUCUGAGAGACAAAUUAAACUAGAUAUCGUGUUCUUUGAUCGGCAGAGAUCAUCACUUCAUCGGUAUCACAUUAUCAGAUUCAAUCUCGAUGUAGCAGUGAAAGCAUACGGUUACUUUUCAAAAUUGUUGUUUUGAUAAAGAUUUUUGCAACCCAACAAAAAAAGUAAAACGCCUCAAAAAUGUUUUUAAUAAAUUUCAACCAUCCGGAAAGUUUAUUUUAUGAGAAUUAUCGACGACAAUUGCUAGCAACCCUAACAGUUAAUGUACUUGCACUUUCUCAUGGCAUCGGACUCGGUUGGGUGGCACCGAUGCUUUUGACAUUGCAAUCUUCUGACUCGCCGUUGACCUUUCAUGUAUCGGUGGAGGAAGCUUCCUCGAUUGGAGCCUUUGUCAGUGUUGGAGGAUUAAUUGGAAAUUUCUCGUUUGGUGUCCUUUUGGAUCUUAUUGGAAGAAAAAAGUGUUUGUAUCUUCUAGCUGUCCCACACAUAUGCUUUUGGUGCAUGGUUUUCUUCGCCAAUGACGUGUAUUACCUUUAUAUAGCACGAGUAUUAGGAGGCACUACUGGAGGUGGAACUUACGUUGUUCUUCCCAUUUUUGUGGCUGAAAUUGCUGAUUCAAGAGUUCGGGGAACCUUGGCUUCAGGUUUUGGAUUCGCCUUGAGUAUUGGAAUGCUUUUAGGAAACAUUAUUGGUUCCCACAUUUCGUAUUUACUCAUUCCCUGUCUUGUAAUGGUCCUACCUGUAAUAUACCUUAUUCUUGUUGUACAAUUCCCUGAAACGCCGCAAUAUUUACUCCGCAAUGGAUACAAUGAUGCUGCUGAAAAGUCUCUAAAAUACUACAGAAAUAUCAAAGGACAUACAAAGGACGAAGUGCUUCAAUUCGAGGCAAAUUUUAAUGAGUUGAAAUCUUGUAUCACCUCCUCAACAAACAAACAAAAGGCUUCCUUUAAGGACCUCUGUAAUCCCACAUCGGUGAAAGCUCUUCUGAUAGGAAUAGUUCUCAUGUUUGUGUUUGGUUUUUCUGGAAUAUAUGCUCUCAUUAGCUACUCAUCGCUAAUUUUUGCCGAAGCAAAAUCCUCCCUAGAUCCGAAAACUAAUACCAUCAUCAUCGGAGUUUUUCAGAUAAUAGGAUCUUAUUGUGCCUUUAUUAUGAUCGAUAGAUAUGGCCGGAAAUUCCUUAUGACCAUGUCCACUGCUGGGAUGUGUAUUGGGUUUACAAUUAUUGGAGUAUAUUCGUACAUGGGCUCCAAGAUAGAACUUACCAACGUCACAUGGCUUCCUGUUGUUUUAAUGUCAAUGAUAAUUUUAUCAGCCAAUAUCGGAGUAAUUUCAGUUACUUUUAUAGUACUUGUUGAAAUUCUUCCUACAAAGAUAAGAUCGUUUGGUACAACAUUUUGCCUGGUGUUGUCUAGUUUAUUUACAACUAUAGUUGUGAAAGCUUUUCCUGUGUUAAUGGUAAGCGCGGGGCUAGCAGUUGUCAUGUGGAUUUUUGCAACGGCAACUGCAUUUGGAUUCAUAUUUUUCUUAAUCUUCUUGAAAGAAACUAAAGGAAAGAACCUCGAUACUGAAAGUUCAUAGGAUUUAAAAAAUAUACUGUAUUUAUAUAUAAUUAAUUUAAUUAACUUAGGUUUGUCUUUCAUAAAUAAGGCUAUAAUAAUAAAGAGUUAUAAUUAUAUUUUUUGAUA